CUCCGGGCGGCUCAAUAAGUAGAAGCACUGAUUGACCAACCAUUUCUGCAAUACACAAACUUAGCGUAAGCACUGCGACCUCGAAGGAACUUCUAUCUCUGCACCUGAGCGCCUCUGCAGUUUCUCGUUUAGCGAUUGAAACAUCUAGCUUUAUUCAUUCUGAAGCACGACCUGCAAUUCUAGUACGAUCGCUGAGCGCUUGGAGCUUGUGCCAUCAGUGCGCGGCACUGUUUUCACUGGCCAGCCUAUAACAACAAACGUAUUGCAGUAGAGACGCAAUUUGCGGGCGGUGACGCCCGCGCGGCGUCCCGGGCAGGAAAAUGUCAGAGUCGGGGUCACAAAUGCUCCCCCAAGACAAUGGGGACGACCAACUCGACCCACACGUGGAGUACCUGCAGCAACUGUUACGGGACAAUGAGUUCCUGCAGCGGGAAAACCUGCUCUUUGAGGCCUUCCUAGCCAAGGUGGACAUGUCCAAACUGGGCGCCCUGGCGGAGGACGACGCCUCGAAAAAGAAGAAGGGCGGCAAGAAGGGCGCCGCCGGCGGCCCCGCCGGCGCCAACACCAGCCGCGGCGGCAUCGCGGCGGCGCGCGACGGCGCGGCGGCGCAGUUCGCGGCCCUGACUGACGAGGAGAAGAACGACCUGGUCAGCCAGGAGGUGGAGAUGGUGCAGGCGGAGAUUGAGGCGAUCCGCAAGGCUGGCGACAAGGACAUCGACGACAUCCGCACGCUAAUGGAGGAGGUGGACAUGCGCAUCGCGGAGACCAAGAAGGACACCUACGAGUUCAAGCGCGACAUCAUCAUCGCCGCCGAGAACCCGCGCACCGGCAAGAUCGUGGCGGAGAAGAUGAUCCGCUUCAUCGAGGACAAGCUGCGUCAGAAGGACGCCACCGCCGACAAGCUGCGGCUGAAGAACACCACCACCAAGGCGCUCAUCACAAAGUUGGAGCACCAGCUGGCGCACAAGGAGGAGAUGGGAGAGGUGCUGCACCUGGUUGACUUUGACCAGCUCAAGAUCGAGAACCAGCAGUACAUGGAGCGCAUCGAGGAGCGCAACAACGAGCUGCUCAAACUCAAGUUGUCCACCAGCCGCACAGUGCAGGUGUUGAACAACCUCAAGAGCAGCCUGAGUGACAUGGUGGCGGCGGGGCACGCGCUGAGGAAGCAGAUCGCGGAGCGCAAGCAGGACCUGGCGCGGUUCGACGCGGACUUUGGCAACGUGCUGGACGAGAAGGGGCGCGGCGAGCGCACGUUGCGGCGCCUCAAGCUGGAGCAGGAGGACAUCGACACGCCCACCAUCAUGGACUACAUCAAGCUGAAGCACGAGGUGACGGAGCUGGAGAAGCAGCUGGUGGACUGGCGGCGCAAGAUCGACAUCCUCACCAUGGAGAAGACGCGCAAGCGCACGCUGCUCAAGAGCGUGGCGUCCACCACACAGGGUGGAGGUGCGGGGCUGCAGCCGUACGGGAGCGGCGGUGGCGCGGCGGCGGCGGCGGCCCUGGCGGGCGGGGAGGGCGGUGGAGGAUCGCGGGGGAACAGUGCGCGCUGAGCUGGGUGGUUAAAACGGGGCUGAUCUGCUAAUGACCGACAGUGGUGCUAUUAUGGAGGCGUUUACAACCGUCGAAUCCGUGGAUGAGGACGUGUGGGAUGCGCUGGGUGGGUGGGAGCUGAUGGUACCUGGUAGCCUAGCGCAGGCACAGUACCACGACCAGCAAGCUAUGCAGCGCCGCCGAAUCGGCUGUUUCACUGUUUGUAUUGUAGCUUCAGCUAACGGAAGUCUAUUCCUUUAUUUGGUAGCAGAGAGACACGCAGUACCGGUAACAGCCAGGCGCUUGUUGCAUGAUCAGCCAUGAUGCAGGGUCGCGUCGUGUGCCGCGUUCCAGCAUAGGUCCGAGGACAGCGGCGCUGGGCGGCGCGCGAGGGGCACGAGUCUUGACGAACGGGCUAACAGCGGAACACCCUGGCGACGCUCGUUUUGCUCGCGUGGCCAGGGCAGGGGGGGGCCGGGGGGUAGUCACCGACCGAAACGAAACGCUCUGGUUGACGUGUCUGGCCGCCCGCCAUUUGAUGCGGCGCGUUCCGUGAGUUUAUGCUGCGCAAUUGUGUUCAAAUUGCAAGCAGCCUGCGGGUGGGCAUUUGGCCCGACACGCGUGCGAACUGAGUGGUGAUACUAAAAGGCAAAAACUUUCACCCACCUAGUGAGACGCCGACAAAGUUGCUAUUGAUGCGAGCUGUAAUGCGAGGCUUUA